UGUACACGAGGAAGGAUGCUAUGGUUCCGACUAACCCGAAAACGAACGUGGUUCUAGCAGCGUUUACAACGGCACACGCAAGAUUACAUUUAUUGAAAUUCAUGCAAAGAGCUGGCGAGCGAUUACUAUACUUUGAUACGGACAGCAUUAUCUUUGUUCAGCGUCCAGGUGAUGAGCCGUUUGAAACCGGGUCCACUCUGGGGAUGUUAAGUAAUGAGCUGGCCGAGGACGACUUCAUUACGCGCUUCUGUAGUACUGGUCCAAAAUCUUACAGCUACGUUACGGCAUCUGGGCAGGAGGUCUGUAAAAUCAAAGGAUUUGAAAUUAAUAAACUUACAGGAACGGUGUUGAAUUUUGAUUCGAUGUUGAAAAUCGCAACCCAACCUCUCCAAGAUGAGACCGCCUCCGAUAGCGCUCAUGGUAACGUUCAGCCCGAGUCCCUUUCCGUCACAUAUGGUAGUACUAUUCGCCGGAAGAAACGGACAUAUGAAAUCCAAGAUGUGCCUAUGACAAAGCGGUUCAAAAAGACGUACGACAAACGACGCAUCUUAGAUGACUUUACUACUGUGCCAUACGGUUACGUACCAUAG